AUGGCAUUGAACAAUACUGAACAUAAUAUCGAUGUUGAACAAGUAUCAAAAUCAAUUGUUAAUGAUCUUAAUCUAGUGACACAAAGAUUUGUCAUCUAUCUUCCAUUGAUCUUUCUUAUCUUUGGUUUUAUUGGAUUCAUUGGAAAUAUAUUUACAUAUCUUCAAAGUGAACUUCGUUCUAAUACUUGCUGUAUUUAUUCACUUUGUGGUUCAAUUAUUGAUAUUAUAAAUCUUUCUCUUAAUUUAUUUCCAAAUUAUCUUGGCGCAAAAUAUAAAAUUUAUAUACCAUGGUAUAUUUCACGUAUUACAUGUAAACUUAGUCUUUUUCUUCUUUCAUUUUUGCCUCAUCUAUCAAUUAAUUUUUUGCUUAUGGCUAUUAUUGAUCGAUUUGCUUGUACAUGUAAACUUACAUCACCAAUGUACCGACUCAAUCAACUUAAAAUGGUACCAUGGAUGAUCAUAAUUACAAUCAUCUCAAGUUGUCUUGCUUCGAUUUAUUCACCAAUUCUCUAUGAUCUUAUGUAUGGAUUUUGGUGUAUAUCUACACAACCCAAAUUGAAUAGUAUAUUGUAUACUAUACUUAGUGGUGUGAUGCAACCAGUAAUAAUGUUAAUAUUUGUUUUACUUACUAGUCGAAAUGUACGUCAAAGUCAUCGACGAGUAGGUAGAGUAACAGUAAGACAACGAAAAAGUCUAAAAAAUCAGUUCAUUGUAAUGAUAUUUGCUCAAGUUUUCGUAACAGGUUUCUUAUCAUUACAAUGGAUUAUGGUAUAUACAUAUUUUUCAUUCACUGCGGAUUAUACAAGAAGUUAUGAACAAUGGACAAUUCUUUUUUUUGUUUUUUCUCUUACAAAUAAUUGCUAUUAUCUCAAUAAUGUUAAAUCAUUUUAUCUUUCAAUAUUAACAUCACAUUUAUUUCGUAAAACACUUAUGAAAGGUUUAAUUGAAAUAUUGCCUCGAUUUAUACGUCCACAAUUUCAAGUAACUCAAAUGCAACAUUCGAUGGCUACUAUUACUAGAAUAAGACAGCGUGAUGUAUUCAAAUAA